GUGGCGCCUGAUUAGCGGAGGGGCUUCGGCAGUGGCGCGAAAGCUUUGCCGGCUCAGCGGUCGGGGCGCGAGGUGGUCGGGCUCGCUUUCCUGAGACCUUGUUGCCAGCCAGUGCGGAAUCUGCCGUGUGUGUGCGCGCCUAUUUGCCUCAUUUUUUUUGCCUCGUAAAGCCCUUGCACUUCAGCCACGCCUCUCCUGCGGCCGCCUGGUCCUCUCAGUCCCCUCAAAAGACAGGUGAAUGCAGUGGCUGUGCUGAGAAUCCAUACUGCAGUACUGCAAGCCAUACUGCAAACUUUUGAAACCGGGAUCAUCCCAAGGAUAUUUAAAAUACAACCUAGUGCUUACAGAAAGAGGAAUAUUCUUCAAAAUGUCUAAGAUUGAUAAAAUGAGUAUCCUUGGUGUGAGGAGCUUUGGUGUAGAAGACAAAGACAAGCAAGUGAUCACUUUCUUUAAUCCUUUAACUCUCUUGGUUGGUCCAAAUGGCGCUGGAAAAACGACAAUCAUAGAAUGCCUCAAGUAUAUUUGCACUGGGGAUUUCCCGCCUGGCACCAAAGGAAAUUCAUUUGUCCAUGAUCCAAAAGUUGCCAAUGAAACCGAUGUCAGAGCUCAAAUUCGACUUCAGUUUCGCGAUGUUAAUGGAGAGCUUGUAGCUGUCCAACGAUCCAUGCUGUGCACUCAGAAAGGAAAGAAAACAGAAUUUAAAAGUCUUGAAGGAGUCAUUACCAGAACAAAACAUGGAGAGAAGGUCAGCCUGAGCUCCAAAUGUGCAGAAAUUGACCGAGAGAUGAUUGGUGCCCUUGGUGUUUCCAAGUCUGUGAUUAAUAAUGUCAUUUUCUGCCAUCAAGAAGAAUCCAAUUGGCCCCUAAGUGAAGGAAAGGCUCUGAAACAAAAAUUUGAUGAGAUAUUUUCAGCAACAAGGUACAUUAAAGCUUUGGAAACACUCCGUCAGGUACGUAUGAAACAAGGACAGCGGAUUAAAGUGUGUCAGGGGGAGCUGAAGUACUUGAAACAGAAUAAAGAAAAAGCACAUGAGAUUCAGAAUCAACUUACUAAUAGAGAAACCCAGUUGGCUGCCUCCAAGGAAAAUGUCAAAUCUAUUGAGGACCACCUUGAACCUCUAAAGGGUCGUCUGACAGAAAUAGAACAGACUCUUGUAAAAGUAAUGAGACUUGACAAUGAAAUUAAAGCUAUGGAAAGUCGGAAGAAACAGAUGGAGAAGGAUAACCAAGAUUUGCAACAAAAGAUGGAGAAGGUUUUUCAAGGAACUGAUGGGCAGCUUAAAGAAAGGUAUCAAAACCAUCAGAAAACUGUGAGAGAAAAGGAGAGGAGAUUAACAGAGUGUCAAAGAGAGUUGGAGAGAGCAAAUAAAGAAUGCCAAAGAUUCAACACAGAAAAAUCAGAACUGUUGGUUGAACAAGGUCGCCUCCAGUUGCAAGCAGAUCGUCAGGAACAGCAUAUUAGAACCAGGGAUUCAUUAAUUCAGUCUUUGGCAGCUCAAUUGGAACUGGAGGGAUUUGAAAGAGCACCUUUUAAUGAAAGGCAAAUUAACAGUUUCCACAGGCUUGUGAAAGAGAGACAGGACAGAGACAUGGAAACUGCUAAUCAGUUGAUGAGAGAAUUUGGUGAGAAGGAAACAAUGAAGCAGAAGCAACUAGAUGAAAUAAGAGAUAAAAAAACUGGACUUGAAAGAACCAUUGACCUAAAAUCAGACAUUCAAAAUAAGAAGCAGCUUGAAGUAAAGAACCUGAAACAUGAGUUACGUCAGCUUGAAGGGUCCUCAGAUAGACUCUUGGAACUCGAUCAGGAACUUGCCAAAGCGAAACAUGAAUUAGAUGAAGCUGAGAAGAAUUGUAAUGUUGAAGCACUAGAUAAGGAAAUACAAGGACUGCAAAGAGAGAAAGCAGAUUUGGAUGGCUUUCUUCGGAAACUGGAUAAAGAAAUGGAGCAGUUGAACUUGAAUACUACAAUAAUAACCCAAAUGGACAUGCUGAAGAAAGAUAAAGCAGACAAAGAAGAACAAAUCAGAAAAAUAAAAUCCAGGCACAGUGAAGAGUUAAGCUCUUUGAUGGGAUAUUUUCCGAACAAAAAACAGCUUGAAGAUUGGCUUCACUCUAAAAAUAAAGAAAUUAAUCAGACAAGAGACAAACAUGCUAAACUCAACAAAGAACUUGUUUCAGCAGAGCAAAACAAAAAUCAUAUUAGUACUGAACUCAAGAAAAAAGAGGAGCAAUUAUCCAGUUAUGAAGAAAAGCUUUUUGAUGUUUGUGGAAGCCAGGAUUUUGAAAGUGAUCUCUACAAACUUCAGGAUGAAAUUGAAAAAACAUCCAAGAAGCGAGCCAUGCUUGCUGGAGCCACGGCAGUUUAUUCGCAAUUCAUCACACAAUUAACAGAUGAAAAAGAAUCAUGUUGUCCAGUUUGUCAGAGGGUCUUCCAAUCAGAGGUAGAACUGCAGGAAGUAAUAGAUGAUCUUCAGGCCAAGCUGCGACGUGCUCCAGACACACUAAAGGCAACAGAGUCUGAGCUAAAACGGAGAGAGAAAAAACGUGAUGAAAUGAUGUCCCUUAAACCUGUCAGGCAAAUGGUAACUGAACUCCAAGAAAAGGACAUACCUGACUUAAGGAACAAACUACAAACUCUCAACAGAGAGAUUCAACGCCUUAAAGGUGAUAUAGAAGAACAGGAAACACUCUUGGGUACUAUCAUGCCUGAGGAAGAAAGUGCCAAAGCAUGUCUGCAAGAUAUUACACUUAUGGAAAGGUAUCAGACUGAUCUAAGAGAUGUUGAGCGAAAAAUUGCACAGCAGGAUACUAAGUUACAGGGAGUGGAUUUAGGUCGAACUCUUCUACAAGUGAGCCAGGAAAAGCAAGAGAGAAAACAUCAGUGGGAUACAGUUACUGGCAAAAUUGAAUUGAAGCAAACUCUUAAACAAGACCAGCAAAAUCAAGUCCAGUAUCUAAAGAGUACUGUGAAUGAGCUUAAAGCAGAGAAACUUCAGAUUUCCAGUUGCAUGCAGCGUCGACAGCAGCUGGAAGAGCAAACUGUGGAGUUGACUACUGAGGUGCAGUCCUUGAACAGAGAGAUCAAGGAAGCAAAGGAGCAGAUAUUUCCUUUGGAGACAACUUUAGAAAAACUGCAACAAGAGAAAGAAGAGUUAAUUAACAAAAAGAACACAAGUUAUAAAGCGACACAAGAGAAGAUAAACGACAUAAAGGAAAAAGUUAAAAACAUCCAUAACUUUGUAAAAGAGAUUGGCAAUUACAUUCAAGAAGGGAAAGAAGAAUACAAACAGCAAAAGGAGUCCGAACUUGAUGAAGUCAAGGUUCAGCUAGCAGAAUGUGAGAAAAAGAAAGAGAAGAUAAAUAAAGAAAUGGGAACAAUUAGGCAAGAUAUUGAUACUCAGAAGAUUCAGGAGCGGUGGUUAGAAGACAAUCUCACUUUAAGAAAAAGAAAUGAAGACCUAAAAGAGGUUGAAGAUAGCAUAAAGCAACAUUUGAUGGAGAUGGGGCAAAUGGAAGUCCCGCAACUCAAAAAGGACAAGCAGCACUUAGAGGAGAAAAUAGAAAGUUUGAAAAGAAACCACAGUUUGGCACUUGGUCGACAGCGUGGAUUUGAGGAAGAGAUUCUUAGGUAUAAGAAAGAACUGAGAGAUCCACAGUUUAAAGAUGCUGAAGAGCAAUACAGAGAAAUGAUGAUAGUUAUGAGAACAACGGAGCUGGCAAACAAGGAUCUUGACAUUUACUACAAAGCACUGGAUCAAGCAAUAAUGAUGUUUCACAGCAUGAAAAUGGAAGAAAUCAACAAGAUAAUUCGUGACCUUUGGCGAAGUACCUACAGGGGGCAAGAUAUUGAAUACAUAGAAAUUCGGUCUGAUGCAGAUGAGAAUGUUUCUGCUUCUGACAAGAGGAGAAGUUACAAUUAUAGAGUAGUAAUGAUAAAAGGAGACACUGCUUUAGAUAUGAGGGGCAGAUGCAGUGCUGGCCAAAAGGUUCUCGCUUCCCUCAUUAUCCGUCUUGCCCUAGCAGAAUCCUUUUGUCUCAACUGUGGCAUUCUUGCAUUGGAUGAGCCCACCACCAAUCUUGACCGAGAGAAUAUUGAAUCGCUUGCACAUGCCUUGGUGGAGAUAAUCAAAAGUAGAGCCCAGCAACGUAAUUUUCAACUGCUUGUGAUAACACACGAUGAAGAUUUUGUGGAACUUCUGAGUCGGUCUGAAUAUGUGGAGAAAUUCUAUAGAAUUAAGAAGAAUAUUGACCAGUGUUCCGAGAUUGUGAAAUGUAAUGUCACAUCUUUGGGAUCAUAUGUUCAUUAGAAUUAGUAAAUGAUUUUGCAUUAAAAGAUUGGUCAGAAAAAUGGAGUGAAAAUGAAGACUGAUCUGUGGAUAAAGUUAGCAUGGGUUGAUCCAUACUGAAUCUUUCUUAGAGUACACUCAUUGAAAUCGAUGGACUUAAGUUAGUUGUGACUACCAAGAUCAUGACUAACUUGAGCUUGUUGAUUUAAAUGGGUUUGAAGUUUGGAUCCAACCUUAUAUUAUUUUGAUAUGGGAGAGUGUUGUGUGUUUUUUACUGAAUGUAUGCAUCUUGACUAGUACAGAACAGUUACUAUUAAAAGAGGCAAAAUAAAAACUAUGCAAACAGAAA